AUGGAUCUGGACGUGGCAGCGAAGACCCUUAUCGGAAAAUCGCUAUCCCGACGUGAAGUAGGUGAAGCAGGCAGGAGUAUUCUUGUACCCGACGAGGCGCGACGAGAGCAGGAGGACCAAGAACUAAUAUGGCUACUGCAUGUAGCAUUAGGUGGCCUUAGGACGAGCGGUCCAGGACAAGUGGAUAGAACAAGAUUAGGUUUUGGGGGGAGUAGUUUUGCUGCAACUCUGGAUCGACUUUAUAACGCGCAGGUUCAGGAGCGCUUACGAGCUAGAGAGGAGCAGGAAGGAAAUCUUUUUGCGCCUAUUGGUAUAAGAGCAGCAGAAGUGGGCGGACCUUUGACGAGAGUCAUUACACCACCCCCUGUUAGUCGAGGACAAGUAGGGCAAGGGCAUUCGCAUUUAAAUCCUGGAGGACGCCUACCAGGGAGACCACGACUACCUACGGAAAGAAGACGUAGAAGACCUACAGGACAAAUCGAUGACGAUAAUGAAGAUGAUGCAGAAAACUCUCCACGUCUACAAAAUGGACAAACUGCUUCUAUGCCGGCCAACAACCCUCUUAUUCCUAAUCUCGAUCCUAUGAACAAUCCUCUUCCACCUCGUGAGCUUGAGGAAGAAGAAGCACAAACUAUCAGAGACCGACAAGAACUACUUCUAGGAGCGCAGGGGGUACUAGGACUAGGAGAUGCUACUGCGCCGGCGCGAAGAUCUCUUUGGCAAAAUCCUGGGUUUGACGAUAACGAAUCCCUGAAGGUUUUAGGCAAGUUUUUCCUCCCACCGGAGAAGAUAGAACAGCUGCGUGACUGGCAUGUUCGGGAACGUGAGAACAUGCUGAAGCUAGAUCCUGAAGUAAGCGGACGCGUAAGGGUUAUGCGCAGUGGACGACGACGAUGGAUAGUCCAGAAUGUCUUUCUUGAUCUCGAAAUUUUAUAUUAAGGCUCAACUUUCAAUGGUCACCAUUGAGAUUGCUUGGGGUCACUGAGAUCGAAGAGGCGGGCUCCCCUUGAGAGUAGAACAGCGGAGAUAAAUGAAGGGAAAGGGGAGAGCUUUGAAGGGGGUCUCUUCCGUUCAGAGUCAGUGACCAAUGAAAGAAUGCUGAGCUUUAAUUAUACCAUACCAUCAUCGCCGUUGCUUUUCAAGGGAAACGAUUCAAAAGACCAGACGUGGAGGCUGAUUGGCAUGAAGACGAAGCUGGAGUAGUAUCGAGCAGAUCAUCUGAGAUAGACGAGAUUUUUGAUUUCAUCCCCUCUCGUUCUUCUCAAAUCAAAAGAGCUUCAUUGGCUAAGCAAAUUGAUAGUUGGGUACCAGUACUGUUGCCUCCGCCACAAGAAUUUGCUGAGUAUAUGAACGUUACAGGGGGAGGGCAAUCAUCAGCUGAGCAAGAAUUUGAGAUGAAAGGUAAAAGACGCGCGAAGCAGCUGCUUGUGGAGAAAGAGAAAGACCACAAGGACCAAGGUCCUGUAGUUUCAUCGCGGAUUUCUUCAAGGAAGAAAGGCCUAGGAGACGCAAUGGGAGUCGUGGAAUUCAAAAUUCAUGAAGACCAAACUGGAAGUACUAGAAGUAGUAGUACUUUUGAAGACAGCAGAAGUCCAGCAACAGAACAG